AACGCCGGUGACGCGACUACAAUUUUGCAUUAUCAUGUUAAAUUGGUGCAUCUGUUUGCAUUCCUAAUCAGUUCUCACAAACUGGAAACAUUUCUACUUAGGAUUAGCAGUGGCGGUGUUUAGUAAUAAAAGCAUAAUUUGCUAGGAAAGACUUGGUUAGAACUUGGUUCAUAAAUAGUUUUCAAUCAUAUAACAGUUAUUCCGACGGUUUUUUAAGGUAUUACUAAUUGAUCCAGUUAAUUGGCAGAAGGAACCUAAUAUUACACAUUAUUCAUUGUUACCAUCAACCAUAAUGCCACGCAUUUGGUUGACUUUGUCAGAGUAUGCAUUGUCUUGCAUGAAGUAACCUUGAGGGGGUUUGGAAAGUUGUUAAUUGCCCGAUUUACUUCAGUGUUGUGGGGCUGGUUCCAAUAGUGCAUACGCUGAACGAACUUUAAAUAUUUAAUAUCCCUAAUUUCCAAGUUUUGCCAUCUUUGUAAUACAUAACGUGUAAUUUCCAGUUGAAACCAUCAGCCUGACUUGACUUUGCUGUUCGGGAGCAAGUAAUAUUUGGACAUAAUUCUUCUUCUAACUCUACAACUUUGUAAAUUUGAUGGUGGAGGGUCACGAAAGGCCGUGCCGAUAGUAGUAGUUUCAUUAACCAUGCUGGCUGGACGACUUGGGAGAAGUUUUAUUAUAACUCUGUCAACCGGAAUUCUGUUUGGGUUUGGAUUCGCCUAUGUCCUGCUCAAUCUUAGUGCAGACUCUUCUUACACCAACAACUUAAUCCCGUCCAGAUUGACAAGUCUAGCGGCGGGAGUACUUGAUGACCAUGGUCAUGGUCACAAUCAUGAUGAAACUGAUCCUCAUUCCCAUGGGUCGCUGGAUGAUGUAGCUGGCCCUCGUGACGAAGUUUCUCAGCAUUCUUCAGACGAAGCAAUGCACAAGGGAGCAGAUAUUGAAGCACAACGCUUAUCCAAAGAAGUAAGAGUUCUUUGUUGGAUUAUGACAAAUCCAGAUAAUCACGAGAAGAAGGCUAUCCAUGUGCAGCGAACCUGGGGAAAAAGAUGCAACAAGCUUGUCUUUAUGAGUUCUACAGCAGAUCCUAAACUUCCGAGUAUCGCACUUCCCAAUGUUGAAGAGGGACGAGAUUUCUUGUGGGCGAAAACAAAGGAAGCUUUCAAAUAUGUAUACGAACAUCAUUUCGAUGAAGCAGAUUGGUUCAUGAAGGCCGAUGAUGACACGUACGUCAUUGUUGAAAACCUUCGCUUUAUGCUGAAAGAUAUUGAUCCAGAAUACCCUAUUUACUUUGGGUGCAAGUUCAAACCUUAUGUCAAACAGGGUUAUAUGAGUGGUGGUGCAGGGUAUGUUCUCAGUAAGGAAGCUCUAAGGCGAUUCGUUGAAGAUGCUAUUCCAGACAAUAAUAAGUGCAGGAAGGAUCAUGGAGGAGCCGAAGAUGUUGAAAUGGGAAAAUGUAUGGAGAACGUGGGGGUAGAAGCUGGAGAUUCCCGGGAUCCGUUAGGUCGCUAUCGUUUCCUACCCUUUGUUCCAGAGCAUCAUGUUAUUCCUGGUCAUGUUGACGAAUCCUUUUGGUACUGGAAGUAUAUCUACUAUCCACAACAACAGGGCCUGGGAUGCUGCAGCGACACUGCCAUAUCAUUCCAUUAUGUCAAUCCAAACCAGAUGUAUGUAUUAGACUAUUUAAUUUAUCAUUUGAGGCCUUACGGAAUCGCACCGCAUUUCCAUGAUCCUGGAAAAAAUGUCAGUGAAGCGCCUAGUACUACAACCUCCCUUCCUGAAGUCAAAGAACUAGAAGGAAAUGAAUCUACUCCACCCAAAGAACAAGAGUCAAUUGCAACAGAACCAGUGUCAAACACUCUAGUCAGUAAUAGCGAAGUUAAAUCUUAGCAUUCCUUCCAGCCAGCAACAGAAAGCUAGCUAUGGUGUCAAACAGGUCUCUAUUUUAGCAGUAAUUACUUGUCGCGAGGAUCUACUACUUUCUUUUUAAACUUUUACACUAUUCGUGAUAUACGACUGCAGUUAAUAAUCCUAAAAGCAUUCCCUCCAGAAAAUACAUGAUCAUGAUAAUGCAACGUAAUCACAUUUGUAAGUAGUGCAAUGGAAAUUCUCUCCAUGAGAUUUAUAGUAUUGUAUAUAAUUUGAUAAAUUUUACAAGGUCAAGUAUUUUAAAUUGUGGCAAAUUACUUUUUUUACAGUGUGUCCAAUGUUCUUACACAUGUUAUGUAUCUUUAAUACCAAUGUAUGUUUAAUAUAAAUAUAAUAUUUGUCAUUUAUUAGUACGUGUACGACUUCACUAACAAUGCUGUGUCAUCAUCUAGUCAGCGAUAAACUGUCAUUAAUAUUAGACUAAUCCUUUUACCAGCAACUUUAUUCACUUUUAUAAUCAAUUUUACCUGUGAUGUUUAAUACCAAUAGUGUUGUCAAAUACGAAACAUAAUACAUGCAACGUAUAGGCUAAUAAAUUAUGCCGCACGUUGGUUUAUGGGUGGCAGAUGUAUAAACGAAACUAUAUUUAGCCCAAAGUCAUGGCCAAAGUCCAAAAAAUGAACGACUCUCUAAACCAAAGUUGACUUAUCUAAAAUAAAAUGCGCUAGUGAGCUUGUCGGUGAAUCUUUUAGAAACAGUUUUUGAUGAAUGUGACAGUAAUUGAUAUUAGAAAUUAGAAAAUGACGAUUAGCUAUAAAUAUAUAAUUACGCCAGGAUGUUUAAUAUUUGGUUUAUAUGUUAAAAUAUUAAAAUGAUGGUGAUUAAAGAAAUAGUUUGAUGAACAAAG